AAAAAAAGAAAAAAUGAAGUGUGUAUUCUUAAUAUUUUUAAUGAAUUUAUUAUCACUGUAUGCUGGGAAGUCUUUGAGAAGAGAUGGCAGUUACCCAAAGACGUUUGAAGACAUUAAAAAUGAGAUAGCUGGCUAUACUGAUAUUGCUAAAGCUAUUAUUGAUCUUGCUGUUCAUGGAAAAGCUCAGAACAGAUCCUAUGAAAGAUUAGCAGUUUUUGCUGAUACCAUAGGACCUAGACUAAGUGGUAUGAAAAAUCUAGAUGCAGCCAUUAAGUAUAUGUUCAGUGCCCUACGGGAAGAUGGGCUGGAAAAUGUGCAUCUGGAGCCUGUGAAAGUACCACACUGGGAAAGAGGAGAAGAGUUUGCAAUGAUGUUGGAACCAAGGAAUCACAACAUUGCUAUUUUGGGUCUUGGGAACAGUGUUGGAACUCCUCCAGAAGGAAUUACAGCAGAAGUUAUAGUGGUCGCCUCUUUUGAUGAACUUCACAAAAGAGCUCAGGAGGCCAAGGGGAAGAUUGUUGUCUACAACGAACCUUUCAUCAGUUAUGGUGAAACUGUGCGAUACAGAUCGGAAGGAGCAGUUGAGGCUGCUAAAGUUGGAGCAGUCGCAUCACUCAUUAGAUCCAUUGCAUCUUUUUCUAUUCAUAGCCCACAUACUGGGUGGCAGUAUUACCAGCCUGGUGUGCCCCGGAUUCCCACUGCGUGCAUCUCUGUGGAAGAUGCUGAAAUGAUGUCACGAAUGUCUCUCCGGGGCAUUAAGAUCAUUGUGCACCUGAAGAUGGGGGCUAAGACCUAUCCAGAUGCUCCUUCUUUUAACACUGUGGCAGAGAUAGUUGGAAGCAAGUACCCAGAGCAGAUUGUAUUGGUGAGUGGACAUCUGGACAGCUGGGACGUUGGGCAGGGAGCUAUGGAUGACGGUGGUGGAGCAUUUAUAUCAUGGGAAGCAUUAUCACUCAUUAAGGAUCUGGGACUUCGUCCCAAAAGGACUCUCCGCUUGGUGCUAUGGACGGGAGAAGAGCAAGGAGGAAUAGGUGCCGAACAAUACUAUCAGUUGCACAAGGAAAAUAUCUCCAACUUUGAUAUCGUCAUGGAGUCUGAUGAGGGCACCUUCCAGCCAUCUGGACUGGGUUUUACUGGCAGUGCUAAAGCUCGGGAGAUCAUGAAAGAGGUCAUGACUCUGCUGCAGCCCAUCAACGUUACAGACGUUUACGACAACGCAGAUGGAACAGACAUUGAUUACUGGAUGAGAGACGGGGUGCCUGGUGCCAGCUUGCGUGAUGACCUCAGUAAAUACUUCUGGUUUCAUCAUUCUCAAGGGGACACAAUGACAGUUCAGGAUCCAAACCAGAUGAAUCUCUGUGCUGCUGUUUGGACUGUAGUCUCCUAUGUAAUUGCUGACAUGGAGGAGAUGUUGCCAAGGUAGUAAAACAGCAAGAAAGAAGAUUUCUGUUCUUCAGUAAAGAUUGUGAGUCCAUUAAUGAAUAUGGUCUACAGCUGUGGGAAAUUCUGUUUUUCACCCUGGUUUUGUGCAUUAUUAUGUCUGUUUUCCUCAAAGCACAAGCUCUUGUACACAUUCCUGUUUCUUUUUGCUGUUUUGAUGUCUUCCAUUUGUGAUUUUCACUUAAAAUGUCUUCUUUUAGGUACUUUUAAAUUUCUGGUGAAGGUAUAACUCUUUGACUGCGAUAUAAUUAUUUAUAUGCAAAGUGAUCUUAUGCAGCAGGAAAAACAUAACAAAUAAAUUUGUUGCAUCAGAAUAAUUAA